AUGGCAGAGGAGGCCGCCAAGCAUCUGGCCACCAAACAAUGGAAAGCAAUUGAUGCCCUCCCUGGGUCGACGCUGCCGCGCUCCAAGAUAGCGCAACCGAUGCUGCCUUACAAUGCGGGAGAUAUCGCCUUGGCCGAGGCACGAGCGGUGCUGAAGAAGUGCAAACGACGCAAGGCCCCUGGGCCGGACAACGUCCCAAUGGAGGCCUUGAAAGAAUUGGGCGAUGUGAACCUCUCCAAAAUGGUGCUAAUGGUUUUGCUCGAUUGGGAAAAAGCGUUUGAUAAAGUCACGCGAGAGAGUCUAUGGAACGCCAUGGACCGCAUGAAUGUGCACCCCAAGCUGAUCAAAGCGGUGCAGAGCAUUUACCGCGUCACGCAGUUCAAGGUCGAAAUGGAAGGAGAAGAAGCCCUUGGUCGGAAUUCGGCGUGCCAGCCUGACACACCGCUGUGCGGCGGCAUCCUCGAGCUGGUCGUCGAGCGCCUGUCCGAGACGCCCAAGGCGGGUGCCGAGCGCGCGGCGAAGGUCGAGGAUUUGAACAUGGAGUUGGAGGAUGCGGCUUCAGAAACGGCGGCCGAGCGCCUCGCCCAGGCGGUAGCGCAGCGGCCGUCCCAGGCGUUGGCCGCGCGUGCCUCGUCAGAGGCGGGCUGUUCCAGUACAGCUGCCAGCAACUUCUUCUUUUGGCGCCCCGCACUGUGCUUCCGGUCCGCCGACGUCGCUGCGGGGACCAGCGGAGUGGUCUGGUUCGGCGCGGACGGCGUCGUCCGGCCCAUGGGCGUGGUGGGCCUCUGCGUCGUGGCGCUGGGCUGCCUGGCGCACGCGGCGUGCCGCUGCUGGGUGCGCCGCCUGCGCCUCGAGCGCGCGGCGGCGGCGGCGCGGGAGUGCGACCCGCAGGAGCAGGAGUGGAAGCGCCUGCGUCUGGUCGAGCUGAGGGAGGCCAGCAGCUCGCCGCAGACGACGGCCGCCAAGGCCAUAUCUUCCGAGCAGUUUUUCCUGGAGGCCCAGACGCCGAAAUCGGGCAGCUGGGACGGCCUGUCCGAGCUGGGCGCCCUGGCCGCAGCUGCUUGCGACUCCCCUUCGGAGGGGGCUGCCCGCGUGCCCGAGACGAAUCGGAUGGAGCUGGGCCUCUCCCGGGAGGCGGCGCAGGUCAGAUGGGGCGCCGCCCGUGCGGCCGACGCCGACCACGGCUCGCCCUGCUCCUUCCGCACCGCCGUCGACGCCGACCACGGCUCCCCCGGCUCCUGGUCGACCGCGUGCCGAGCGGCCGACGCCGACCUGGGGCGCCCCGGUUUCCGAACGGCCUCCCUCUCCGCCCCGGCCCUAGGGCCCGCCGACGCGUCGCUGCGGCUGCUCUGCAGCGAGCCGGCGGACGGCGCCGAGCGUAAGACGCUGCCCAAGAGGGGCGGGAGGGAGUGA